AUGGCACGAUUGAAUACAUUCUAUGCCCAUUUGUCCGCACCCAUCUUGACCCAUCGCAUCACGCGCCAUGUGCAAAAUGAGGGGUGGAAGCUAUAUAUUAACGUUACUUGUGAGAUUGAUACGCCCAAUGGUGAGGAACAUGAUAUUGUGUGCCAAGAACGUCGGAUACUGGGAGAUCACGUGAGCGUGGAUCCGGAUACGCUGUGUGUACGCUUCGUUGCCAUGCCAUUGGACGAAGAAGAUAAAUUCAAAGCCGCCAAAUCAACAAAGGGGCGUGCCAUCACCAUACCCAACGAUACACCAACAACGACAACAGAGGAGCCUCAUAUCCUACUUGAACUCUACCUCACAAAAGUCGUCAACAAGAACUUGGAGAUUGCCAAGCCCAUAAGCAACCUUACAAUUACUCCUCCUCUUUAUGGAAGAAGAGCCACCUCUGAAAUCGAUUACCGUGACCAUGCCAAUUUCGAUUCACUGACACCUGUAUCCAUCACUUAUCAUGUCACCAAAUCAUCAUCCGACCCAAUUGAAACCUCGAUUGAUGUUGAGACGAUCGAAACAACCGCAGAAUGGUGGAUAUACCAGUUGAAGAAUCCAUACAAUCUUCCAGAAAUCCCUGUGGUUCAAAAUGUUUGGUAG